GGGCGGCGCGGACGGCGGCAUGGCGUUCCGGCAGGCGUUGCAGCUGGCGGCCUGCGGGCUGGCCGGGGGCUCGGCCGCCGUGCUCUUCUCGGCCGUGGCGGUGGGCAAGCCGCGCACCAGCGGGGACUCGGAGCCGCGGGCGGCGGAGGCGCCGGCCUGGGCGGGGGGCGCGCGGCCGUGCCGGGGCGUCUGGGACCCCAACUGGGACAGGCGAGAGCCACUCUCUCUGGUCAACCUGCGGAAGAGGAACGUGGAAUCUGGAGAGGAGGAGCAGGCGUCCAGGCUGGACCACUACAGGGCGAAGGCCACAAGGCACAUCUUCCUCAUCAGGCAUUCCCAGUACCACAUGGACGGCUGCCUGGAAAAGGACCGCACUUUGACCCCACUAGGUCGGGAACAAGCUGAACUCACGGGGCUCCGACUUGCCAGCCUGGGGUUGAAGUUUAGUAAAAUCAUCCAUUCCUCCAUGACCCGUGCGGUGGAGACCACAGACAUCAUCAGCAAGCACCUGCCAGGCGUCUCCAGAGUCAGCACAGACCUGCUGCGGGAAGGUGCACCCAUCGAGCCCGACCCUCCUGUGUCUCACUGGAAGCCAGAGGCUGUGCAGUAUUACGAAGAUGGUGCCCGGAUCGAGGCUGCUUUCCGGAACUACAUCCACAGGGCAGAUGCCAAGCAAGAGGAGGACAGCUAUGAAAUCUUCAUAUGCCAUGCCAAUGUUAUCCGCUACAUUGUCUGCAGAGCGCUGCAGUUCCCUCCAGAAGGCUGGCUCCGUCUCUCCCUCAACAAUGGCAGCAUCACCCACCUCGUGAUCCGACCGGAUGGCCGAGUAGCACUCAGGACCCUUGGGGACACGGGGUUCAUGCCCCCCAACAAGAUCACCCGGUCUUGAGGGCCCCUCUGGGACUCCACCUUUCUCUGCGUGCAGCCUGGUUCAGCCUUCCCUCUUGUUCCUUGUCCAGGCUGCAGUGCAGCUUUGAGGAAGAGGCUGUGGGAACAUCUCAGAUGCUGGGGACACUUGUGUCUGGCCCACUGAAAGGGAGACCUUCAGGCCAGACAGCCUGACUUCCUUCCUUUGGCCUGCCAGGACAGCCCCAUGGGUGUGGGGUGAGGACUUUCUCAGGCAAGAGGACAGCCUGUGCUGGGCUUUGAAUAAGCCCUGCUUGCCAUCCCUCUGGACCACCAUGGCAGGCCUGCAUGGGUGGCCACAGCAGCAAGUGACUCUGGGCUCCGCCCAAGCUGGUGCAGCAGGACAAGCUUUCUAAACAACUCAUUUCAUUCACAUGUUCUUAUUCUGAAAAGCCUUUGUCACUUCAGUGUUCGUCAAUUAAAACCUAUUCCUCAUUUGGGUUCUUGCUUUGAAAACCAAUUUCUCACCAGAGUGAGAGAUCCUGACGCUGUAGGAUCUAAAGGCACAGGGACUGGCCAGCCGCACAGUGGAUUUGGGUGAGAGAGGAAGUGAGUCUGGAGUGCCAUGUCCAGGGGCUGGCCACACCAGGCAGAGACUGCGGGCUUGUGAUGGCCAGGCAGGGAAGAUACCCAGGGCUGACAUCUCCAUCCUAGUCUGCUCCUGGCCACAGUUCAUCUUCUGGGCUUGUGGGUUAACAUUUGGACAUGAUAUGCCUACCCCAAAUAUCUGUUAAUUCAACAAAAGCAGUCCAGUUUUUACGAAGUGCUCACGAACACUUUCAGUAAUCAAUACAAUGAAUUGGGAUAUUUGAUCCAUUUCUCUGGCCUCUUUGGAAAUAACUACAUAAUAAAAUUUUAAAAGUACAAA